GCGGCGGUUGGCGGCGACAGAGAGCGUUUGAGCCAGGACCGGGCCGAGGCGCACUCUCCGCCCACAGAAAUGAGCUGUCAGACACAGACGGCGUUGCCUCCUGGCAGCUCCCAGAGCGUGGCCGCCCUGACUGGCACAACUUCGCCCAACAGUGACUGGGCGAGUCUCUUUAAGUGACUGGGCUGCUCUGACUACGUAUUACCGCCCAUCCUUCAGUGUCAGAGUGGCCAUCUUGUUUGUGGCAACUGUCGCUCAAAGAUCUCCUGUUGUCCGACUUGCCUCGACCCGUUGGCAUCCAUUCGCAACUUGGCUAUGGAGAACGUGGCCAAUUCAGUCCUCUUUCCCUGUAAAUAUGCCUCUUCAGGAUGUGAAGUCACUCUGCCACACACGGAGAAGGCAGACCACGAAGAACUCUGUGAGUGUCGGCCUUGCUGCUGCCCAUGCCCUGGCGCCUCCUGCAAAUGGCAAGGCUCUCUGGAUGCUGUCAUACCACAUCUGAUGCAUCAGCACGAGUCCAUCACAACCCUUCAGGGCGCGGACAUUGUUUUCCUCGCUACCGACAUUAACCUUCCUGGUGCCUUCGACUGGGUGAUGAUGCAGUCCUGCUUUGGAGUUCACUUCAUGUUAGUCUUAGAGAAACAGGAAAAAUACGUUGGUCACCAGCAAUUUUUUGCCAUUGUACAACUGAUAGGAACGCACAAGGAAGCUGAAAACUUCUUUUAUCGACUUGAGCUCAGUGGUCCUCGGCGGCGACUGACUUGGGAGGCCACGCCUCGAUCUAUUCACGAGGGCAUUGCAACAGCCAUCACGAACAGCGACUGCCUAGUCUUUGACACCAAAGUUGCACAGCUUUUUGAAGAAAAUGGCAAUUUAAGCAUCAAUGUAACUAUUUCCAUGUGUUGAAACGGCAGUCAAACGUUUUCUGGCCAGUGUUUAAAACCACUGCAUUCGAUUUCAGAAAAUAAGGCACCUGCCUGCCUACCAAUCAGAAUUUUUUGUAGGUAGAAGCUAGACACAUGAUGCUAAAUAAAGGGAAAGGCCAUUAAAUACAUGUAAUAACAUGCAAUAUAUUUAAUGUAAUAAAUGUAAUAACACUAAUAUAUUUAAAAAUAAGUCAACAGGAAACCACUGAAAUAUAUAUAUGCACACACACACACACACACACACACCCCCAAGAUGGGCAUCUUUUGUAUUAAGGAAGCACUGUAAAAUAAUUCUGAAUUUGUGUUUGUUGUAGAUUGAGUAUACUGUUGAAAAAUACUAGGUUCUUGUUUUUUGUGUGUGUGUUUGGAUUUUUUUCCCCUUUAACUGAAAAAGCCAUGUUGAGUGGUCUUGGACCACUGCUUUUCCCCUACGUGAGUCAAUACAUAGUGCUGCUGCUGUGUGUAUAUUUUUGUGUGUGUGUAUUUGCUAAUUUUUAUUAAUUCUAGUUUUCAUUAAGUAAAUUUGACUUUCUUUCCUGUAAUUCAGGUUUUUCCUCACUUUUUUGUACCUUUUAAAAAUAGUGUCUUAUUGAUAUGCAUAAUUGUUGAUGGUAAAAUGUAUACAUGUGUUUGAUACAUAUUUUCUUUUCCACAUUAAUCAGUUUAUUAGAAAUAUUUUAAAUUCAACUACUUUGUGAAGAUAUGGGUUUCAGAAAGGAAAGGUAACAUCGGAAGAAUCAUCAGUAGCUAUUUAAAGCAGCUAUAAAAUGGCCUCCCUCUCUUGUCCAGUUGAGUCAUACCUUCAAACUUAUUCUUUGUCAAGCUAGAGAGUACUGAUUCUUUUUUAAUACUGGGGAAAAAAAAUCAGGUUCCCCGUCCCCCCACAUAUCUUGGACAAACUACAUAUGUUUAAAAUUUGUUCUUGUAUCUAUUGGUUUUGCAAAAGAAGGCAUCAUCUCACACAGUAUUUGUAAUUAAAAGCAAAUCAUUUGUUUAAAAAAAAAGGCAGUUUGCAAAAAAAAUGUUUUUGGUCUUUUAUAAUUCGCAUUAAAAGAAUAUCUGGCCAAUUAAAAAAAAAAGAAUUAUAGAACUAGUUCAGAUGCUCUAACAGCCAAACAACAGAAUUCCAGAAAGAGGAAAAAGGAAGAAAAAUAAAAAUAUAGAGGAUGUUGUAGCAGCAACCAAUACAACACUGUAAAGCAACUAUACUUCAAUAAAACUUGAUUUUAAAAAAAGAGAGGAAAGGCAAAGAAUUAAUUCACAUAAAUUUUCCAGAACUGAAAGACAAGUUGCCUGAUCGAGAAAGCCUGCCUAGACCCAGCACAAUGGAUGAAAAUAGACCCACACCAAGCAACCUGCCCAUGAAUUUCAGAAGGCCAAGAACAAAAAGGAGUUCACAAGCUUUCAACGAGGAGAUAUAAAUAGUCCAGUGCAAAGGAUGAUGGAUCAGAAGGCUUCUGACUUCUCUAGGCCAACAAUGAAAGCAAGGAGGCAACAGAGCAGGUAUAGAAAUGUCAGUCGAAGCAAGGAUACAAUAAAGACAUUUCCAUCCCUGCACAGUUUCCAGAAAUUGACCCCAUAGGCAUCCUUUCUCAAGGGGACGUGGGCGAUGAUAUAAAAAGUAAGAAGGAGAAAACACGGGACACAAGAAGAAAGAGAUCCAACACAGCAAACAAAGACAACCUCCAGGAUAAGAGUGACGAGGGAUCUCAAGAUGACAGGUGAACCGCAGACAGGGCACGGCCGGCGCGGAGCGCGGCAGCAGCUCAAGUCCUAGGGGUGUGGACUGCAAUCAACACAAGAGGCUUCCUGCUCCUGGACCCUCUUUCUAACGCCAGGAGAGAAUUCCCAGGUGAGCUGGCCCAGAUUCUCACCUGGGCUUGUUUAUCUCAGUGUGCUGAUGAAGUGCCUCUUCUCCACUCCCCUCCAUGCCCACAAAAGUAUUCUGCUUGGACCUACUUCUGAGAGCAGGAGCAAAGCCAUGGCGGGCUUCGAAUCAAAAGUAAGCAGCAGUCACAGAGCAAUUAAGCCCAGGCCACAACUACUGAGCCCGUGCACCUAGAGUCCACGCCCCACAACAAGGGAAGUCACCACGAUGAGAAGCCCGUGUGCCGCAACUAGAAAGCCUGCACACAGCAGCAAACACCCAGCACAGCC